AUGACAUCUAGCAAAAUUCAAAUACUCAGGACUGUGCAGCAGGUAAGACAAUGGAGAGCCCAGUUCUUUUUGAAUAAUCAGUCGGUUGGCUUUGUUCCCACGAUGGGUGCUCUACAUGCAGGUCACUGUUCAUUAGUGUCCCAGUCGUUACAAGAAAACGACAAGACCAUAGUUUCCAUAUUUGUUAACCCUUCUCAAUUUGGUCCCACUGAAGAUUUAGACAGAUACCCCAGAAGUUUGGAUCGUGAUUUGGAGAUAUUGGAAGAGCAAUUCCAGAGCAAAUCCGUCGAUGCUGUUUUUGUGCCCAAAGUUACCGAGAUGUACCCUAGUGGUAUCACACUUGACGUUGAAAACCAGCGUGGUACAUUUGUGACUGUGCAUGGAUCGAGUGAACAACUUGAAGGGGUCACGAGACCACAAUUUUUCAGAGGAGUUGCUACAGUUGUAACCAAAUUGUUGAACAUUGUUCAACCGACUAGAGUCUAUUUUGGUCAAAAGGAUGCCCAGCAAUGUGUGGUUAUCAAAAACUUGGUGAAGGACUUGCACAUUCCUACUCAAGUGCGAGUUAUGCCCACCUCCCGUGAAGCUAAUGGUUUGGCAAUGUCGUCAAGAAACGAAUACUUAUCAAAAGAAAUGAAAGAUCGCAGUUCUAUCAUUUACAAAGCAUUGAAAAGUGGUGAGGCAUUUUACAAUGAGAAAAGACAAAAGAUGAAAGAGGUUAAGGCAAACGACAUAGUUGCAGAGAUCAAGAAGGGUCUUGUAAGUGAUCCCGAUUUCGAUAUUGAAUAUGUGGCAGUCAGUCAUCCUGACCUAUUGACUGACCUUGAUACCGUCGAGCCUGGAAUGGGAGCUAUAGUUUCCUGUGCUGUCAAAGUACCAAAAGAAAAUAGCGAUGAAAAGGCUAGAUUGAUUGACAAUAUUGUUUUGCAAUAA